AUGAAGUCCCCGCCGGCAUCGCCAUCACCCUCACACUCGGAUGUCCCUGUGCAAUCGGUGAUCUUUGUGCGGACAGAUUGCAAGCAAGGGCGCCCUCAGUGGGCGACUCCGUUGGAAGUGGUGGUGGCGUUGGUGUCAUCCUGUCUCGUCGCCUUCGUGGCCAUCGUUUAUGUGAUGCUUAGGCUGUGUGCACGUAAUCCGCCACCGGCAUCGGCAGCUGCAGCGACAGCAGCACUGCAAUUGGCAGAGGAGCUGGUUGAGGAGGAAGCUCCUUCCCCGUCUACUUUGUUCAUGCAUCCACCAUCGUUGACAAACCUGAUUGUUUUAAUGCUGAAUACCAUGGAGAUCAAAAAGGACAAGUUGGAUAUUCUCUCCAAUUUGGGGGACCUGGUGGCCGGUGUCCCAGCCAAUAGUGGCAAUACUAAACCUGUUCGUGCUGCCGCGGUUCCUCCUCUGUGCCAAGCCAUGGCGUCCGUCGAUCCUCCAAGGAAGAAGAAGAAAGGUCGAUACGGCGUCGCAGAGCUGAAAACCCUAGGGAGCCAGCUUCUCUCUUCCGCUUCGCACAUCAACAACCUCCCUCUUCUCCUCACCUUCCUUUCUCCUUCUUCUCCUCCUCACCACGUCCUCGAGUCCCUCCUCUCUCUCCACUCCUUCUUCCUCCCUCUUCUACCCAAGCUCCCUUCCUCCUCCUCCUCCUCCUCCUCCUCCGCCGCCGCCGACCAGUCCGAGUUCAUCUACCUCACCUGGCUCCGUUCCAAGUUCGACGAGUUCAUCAAGUCCCUCCUCGACAUUCUUGCCUCGCCGCAGUCCGACGAGACGCUCAAGGAACUCGUCCUGGACACACUGAUGGAAUUCGUGAAGGUGGCCAACGGGGGCAUCUUCCACUCUGCUUUGUACCACAAACUUCUUCUUAGCAUCGUUCACUCCACUAGUUCCGCUACGUUUUUGGUGGAUCUACUGGGGUCCAAGUAUUUCAAGUACAUUGAUGUCCGCUAUUUUACAUUCAUAAGUCUAAAAAAGCUGGCUACUACUUUGGAGGGCAAAGAUGCCUCAGAUGAUAAAUUUACAAGUGCAGAUGGCAGCGAUGAAAGUCAACUAAACUCAAACAUGGAAUGUUUCAUCCACAAUAUGUAUUAUACUAUAUCGCAUGUUCCCCCUCUUCAAGGCUCAGAUAAUACAUCUGAUUUGGAAAUGUGGAGCGGCAGCUCAGAGAGUGACCAUAAGCAGCUUUCUGGAGAUUUGUGUGCGAAUGAUAAGCUGCUGAAGUCCAAGAAACCUAACAAAAAUGUAUUGUCAGCAGCCAAAAUUGCCAAGAAAAUGAAGUUAAAAUUUACUAAAGCAUGGAUUGCGUAUCUUAGAUUGCCACUUCCACUUGAUGUUUACAAAGAGGUUGUCAUGAGAUUCAAUGUAGGAGCAGAAGGGAGAAAAAGCACAAAUGAUGGGAUUGUAACCUGGAUAGUUCUUGUUAAUCUUCACCAGGCUGUAAUUCCUCAUCUAUCUAAUCCGAUCAUGCUAUGUGAUUUCUUAACAAGAUCAUAUGAUGUUGGUGGUGUGGUCAGUGUGAUGGCUCUCAGCAGCCUUUUUGUCCUAAUGACCCAGUAUGGAUUGGAAUACCCAAAUUUCUAUGAAAAGCUAUAUGCCCUCUUGGUUCCAUCUACCUUCAUGGCAAAACAUCGAGCAAGAUUUUUCCAGCUUCUUGAUUCUUGCCUCAAGUCACCUCUUCUUCCAGCUUACCUGGCUGCUUCCUUUGCAAAGAAACUGAGUAGGUUGUUGCUUUCAGUUCCUCCUUCAGGGGCAUUAGUUAUUACGGCUCUGAUUCACAAUAUUUUGCGCAGACAUCCUUCAGUCAACUGUUUGGUGCACCGGGAAGAUGGUGUCGACGAAGGGAAAAGUGAUCAUAGAACAGAUGAAGGAGCAGCUGCCAACUCAGAUAAUGUCAAGACUGGUGCCGUACCAAGCAAGAAAUCAGGCAUUGACCAUUUUAACAGUAUUGAAACUGAUCCCAAGAAGUCAGCUGCCAUGAAUCUCUUGGAGCAGGGAGUUCUCUUUGGGAAAUUGACACUAUUCUUCACCACUACUGUCCUCCUGUCUCAAGGCAAGUUUGCUUUGUCUCUUGGGAAUGAUUUGACAGUGAGGGCCAAGACAAGUGAAGUUAAUGUGGGUGAUUUUAGUGCCGGUUCAUAUGCAACAAUCCUUGGAGCAGAGAUGACGCGGAGGGUAAAGCAGGUUCCCUUAGCAUUCUACAAAGCAACUCCUUCCUCUUUGUUUUCAGAGACUGAUUUUGCUGGUUGGACUUUCAAAUGUGAAGAAACUCCCGAAAUGAUCAAUGACAAUAAUGAGAGCAGUACUAAAGAUCUAUCGUAA